GAGAGUACGGCAUUUUUCUCGUGGGGUGGUGGCUAUGCCACGGAGGAAGUUCGCUGGCAAGCGGUGCAGACUUGGCUUGGGUGGGGGCUCGUGCUAUGGGGUUCUCUCCCAGGAGACAAAGAAUCAGCGUAUCACGCUGUUUUUCCGCGACUUCGACCAGCAGGCCAAGGAAAAUAUCCAGGAAAUGAAGAAGGAACUCGAUUCGCUUUUGCAAACAGCUGAGAAAGCGUUUACAGUAGAGCUGCUGAAGAUGCCGAUUGCCAUCAGGAAAGUGAAGAGAAAAGAUUUGCUUAGUUUGCGAGAAGGUGAGGAAGUGGCUCUUGCUGCUGCAGUGACUGACUGUUCUCUGGAAGACAUAGCAAAUCCAAAACUGGUGAGGACCAACAGCAAAAAAGUUAAGGUAACUACAAUUGUUGAAUAUGAAGAUGCCAAGCAUAUUUCUGCAAAGAAAAUAUCUAAAAAGAUCUCCAAAACAAAGUUGUUGGCUUCACUGUCACCUGGUUUAAAUGGCAAACUAAACCCUCUUUCUAGAUUUGGAAGCUGGACGCUGCCUUCUAGCACUGAUAAAGGACUGAAGGAACAUAGCUUCCACUAUUCAGCAGCUGCGGAGGACGCUCGCAGACGCCUCUCACAAAAAACAGAGCGAUAAAGACACUGUGCCAGACAAAUAUGAGGCAGAGAAAGCUACUAACUUCAGAGAGCUUGCAGCGUCAACUACAAGCACUGUGUGAAAAAAACAUUAUCCAAGUUCCCUUUUACACAGUUCCUUGGUCAAUAAAGAAAACAGGUUUGAUCAUUUG